AUGAUUGUGCCCGAGAAACUGUCCUUGCCCAAAGUUUCUCUUAACCCCCUGACUCAUGGUCAAUCCACCGUUGUUGGCAUACGCCACGAACAUCCAGAACAACAGCCCAUUCUUCUGGCAAGAACUACCGCCAAUGCCAGCCAGCAUGCGCACGUGCCAUUGGCGGGUGCUGAGUCGAAGAAGAAGCUCGCAGCUGUCAGCCUCAAGCGUUUCAAAGGAACAAGCGAGCAAACAAGCAGGGACCCAAUGUCUCGCAUCAAGAACAGGCUGCGCGGGUCGGAGGAGAGUUUGGCGUCGGCCGACGACUCCAUCGACGAGACGCGCAGCGUGAUGUCCUUCAUCCUGUCACGGCUGCCUGAACACGCGUCCGCCUCUGGUAUCGCUGCUGCCGGCGCUGUGCCAGCACUGAGCACUGGCGGGACCCCGUCGCCGCUGGCGGAGGGCUCCAGCGGAGACGGCGAUGGCACCACGCUCUCCCUGCCGGCACCGUACCCCGUGGAGGUGCGCAAGCUGCAGUGGACCGCCGUGGCCGCCCACCUGCCGGGGCUGCUCAAGCUGCUGCUGCUGCUCGCCGCGCAUGCGCUCCUCGUAGUCGCAUUCCUCGACACCGGAUGGGACCACAAGGAGCCGUGGUGCCAGGGCUCGGGCUUUCUGCUCCUGCUGCUGGCAAUGCUGGACGCGUGGCUGUUGUGCGGAUUGUGCGUACGCUGGAUGCCCAGCAAGAAGGUGGCCACCAUGAAAGAACGCACCAGGAAGCGGGCUCUGUGGCUCAGCGAACGGAAGUGGAUCGGCAGGACUGCUUGGACCGUGGUGUGGCUCGCCGUGCUUCUGUUUGUCGCCAUCGACUCGCGACUGCACCGACCUCGUGUCACGGCCUGCUUCGGAAUGCUUCUUCUGGUCGGCUUCGGAUACGUCUUCUCCAAGAACCGUAACAAGGUCAAGUGGCGCCCCGUGCUGAGCGGCUUCCUGCUCCAGUUCGUGCUGGGCCUGCUCCUGGUGCGCUGGAAGGUCGGCCGUGGCGCCCUGCUCUGCGUCGCCGACAAGAUGAACGCCGCCAUCGCGUUCGCCGGCCACGGGGCGCGCUUCGUGUUCGGCUACCUGGCCACGGGACAGCUUGACGGGGACGGACUGCCCCAGCAGAAGCCCGUGCUGGCACUCACGGUGCUGUCUGCCGUGUUGUUUUUCGGUCUUCUGGUGUCGUUGUUGUGCCAUUACGGGCUACUGCAGUGCCUCGCACUUAAGGUGGGGCGCCUCAUGGCCGUCGUGAUGGGCACCACCAUUUGCGAGUCCUUUUGUGCAGCCAGCAACGUGUUUCUAGGCAUGAAACGACGUUUAAGAAUGCAGUUGCUUAGAGUUGAGCCUGUCUGA